CAAUCUUGUCACAAGUGUCGUUCCUUACAAGAGAGUUUAUAUAAAAAAAACAAGUCAGGACGGCGACCAAUUCCACUUUCCACAGCUAGCAGAACUGGACUGACCCAGUCCGUCCCAUAUGAAAGAUCGGUGGUGAAUGAACUCAAAAACCAAGAAGCAGGGACUGGCCCGUAGCAAAAGAAUUCGCAGGAUCGAUGGUUGGAUUCCAGUGGUUCCUCACAAUCUUCCUCACCACAUGCCCACUGUUCUUCCUCUCCCAGAUCAAGCCAUGUGCAUGUUCCAAGCAGGACCGGAGGGCCAGGUACACCUGGAACACUACUUUCGAGCAGAUGGACCAGGGCCUUCUGUUCCACCGCGGCGACGAAUCGGCGACGACCUUACAGCCAGGCAGUCUGGGCUUCUACAUGGGGAAUUCCUCCGCGCUUGGGUUCAGCUCGGACGACCCCGGGUGGUUCGUCAUCCCCAAGUGGUUCGAUCCGUGGAGGACGACGAGCCGUGGUGGCGAUCAGAGGGUGGACCUGCGCGAGGCAUCCUUCAGCAUCGUCUUCACCUUGAGCGUGGCAGCAAGCACAGGCAGCAGCACCCUGCACUUCGACAUCCUUCCCAGACUUGAUCCCUCGACCUCCGACGGCGGGGGAUUUACCCCCCGCAGCUUCGAGACUGUCAAGAUCGAAGCACUGGACAGCACAGCGUUCCAUUCUGGAAGAACUAUCCGGGUGACAACCGCGUUCCAGCCACCGGACAACGAUGAUCCUGAUGCGGCGGCGGCGAGGCGAUACAGCGUGCGGAUCGAGUACGAUCGCGCUGCGCACAACCUGACCGCGCGCCUAGCCCGUGAUGCAGCAGCAGGAACAGAGACGCCUGACGAAGCCACCCUGCACCUGGGCGCCAACGACACCAUGUCCCCGGACGGCCUGCUCUUCGCCCUCUCGUCGACCAUGGGGCAGCUCCUGCAACUCCACACCUGGAGCUUCACGAUCGAGGUCCCGGAGAGCGGCCGCUCGCGGGGGGUCAACGCCAUCACCGUGCUGUCCUCCGUUCUCGGGUCGGCGGCCGCCGCGGCCGCCAUCGCCGCCGCGGUGUACCUGUACCUCAACUCCAAGUACAGGAGGUGGAAGAAGGACCUGGACCAGCUGGCCAAGUCCAUGCGGCGCCUCCCCGGCGUGCCGAUGCAGGUCGACUUCGCCGACAUCAAGAAGGCCACCGGCAACUUCCACGAGGCCACCAGGCUGGGCCAAGGCGGAUUCGGCGCCGUCUACAGGUGCAGGCUUCCUGCUCCCAACAGCAAGGGGGAGUUCGUGGAGGUUGCCGUCAAGAAGUUCACCCGGGCUGACAACCGGGGCUACGAGGACUUCCUGGCGGAGGUCAGCAUUAUCAACCGCCUGCGCCACAAAAACAUCGUUCCUCUCGUAGGGUGGUCUUACAACAGAGGGGAGCCCAUACUCAUCUACGAGUACAUGCCCAAUGGCAGCCUGGACCAGCAGCUCUUCCGCAAGAGCGGUGAUGAUGAGCAGCAUCCGGCGGCUUCUAUCUGCCAGUGGAGCACUCGCUACAGCAUCGUCAGUGACAUUGCAACCGGGUUGCAGUACGUUCACCAUGAGUACGAGCCCAUGGUGCUCCACCGCGACAUCAAGGCGAGCAACAUCUUGAUCGACCUCACGUUCCAGGCACGCCUCGGGGACUUCGGCCUCGCCUGCGUGCUCGCCGACGGCAAGAACUCCUACACCGACCACGGCGCCCCGGGAACCAUCGGCUUCAGGUCGCCGGAGUACAUCUACGGCGGCAAGGCCACGAGGAAGACGGACGUCUUCGCCUUCGGAGUGCUCGUCCUGGAGAUCGUGACGGGGAAGAGGGCAGUCGGCAGGGACGUGCAGUUUGGGCACGUCACGGAUUGGGUCUGGAGCCUUCACGCCGAGGGGAACCUGCUCGCCGCCGUCGACGCCGCCGCCGACGGCGAGUUCGACGCCGAGGAGGCCGUACGGCUGCUGCAGCUUGGAAUGGCGUGCAGCAACCCGAACCCGAGAGAGCGGCCGAGCAUGGUGGACGCCGUGAAGAUCAUCGGCAAGUCGGUGCCGCCGCCGGAUUUGCCUCCUUCCAAGCCGCCGAUGGUGUGGCCCCCGGAAGGGUGGAGCUCAGUGACGGCCUCUGAUUGUAGCACGUCGACGAGCAACUUCAACAGGACCUCGUCGACGUUCAUGGUGGAGACUGCGGGCAGGGAGCGAAGCAUCUCUUCUGAACACGAACGAGAACGACGCGGCAGGUUGGCCGGUUAUUCCAGAGGAAAAUCCUGGCAGCUAGAGGCCGUCCCCGAUUCUUACUCUGCACACGGAUGAUCUAGUGGCAGGGAAACAUAAUUAGCUAGGUUGUCGUCACUGAAAUAGAGUACAUCAGAUCACGUGGAUGAUCUGGUGUUUGUGAUGAGUAGUUGCUGACAAAUUGGUCUGAAAUCGACAAGACAGAUCACAACUUUUUGUACUGUAGAGAAAUCUGUUGUUUGUACUGCUAUUCCCUGAUGGUGCCGGUAUUUUCUGUCCU